AUGAUCUAUGAAAAAGGUUAUCAAUCAUUUGACCAAGCAGUGAGUGGAGUGACUGCCAAAUUGAAAGGUGUCGCUUUUGCCAACGUGACUAAUAAUCCAUCACUUGGAGCCACUGUUUGGGAUGCGGCUGAUUAUGUGAUACCACCACAACAGAAUUCAGCAUUCUUUGUGAUGACCAAUUUGAUUUAUACACCUGGACAGACAUUGGGACAUUGUGAAGAAUCGCACGAUGUUUUUGGUAAUAGUUGUCACAAUGAUUCACAAUGUCACUCUGGACAGUUAGUUCAACGUGGUAGUGGGAUACAAACAGGUAAAUGUGUGAAUUCUACAAGGCAAGCAAAUUUACGUGUGUGUGAAAUAUAUGGUUGGUGUCCUACAGAGCAUGGUGUUAUUCCGAGACCUCAUUUAUUAUCAUCAGCAGAGAAUUUCACUGUAAUGAUUAAGAAUAACAUUGAAUUUCCUCAUUUUCGAGUGAAAAGAAGAAAUAUUUUAAAUUGGAUGAGUCGUUUAUUUUUGAAAACAUGUUUAUAUAAUCCAAAUGAUGAUAAAUUGAAAUAUUGUCCAAUUUUCCGUCUCGGUGAUAUACUGAAAUAUUCUGAUCCAGUAAAUAAAGAUAUAUGGGAGACUGGUGGUAUGGUAUCAAUUCACAUUGAAUGGAAUUGUAAUCUAGAUUUCGAUGAGGAGAAUUGUUUACCGAAAUAUGUAUUUCGUCGAUUAGAUGACUUUGAAAGUAAUGUGGCGAAUGGAUGGAAUUUUCGAUUUAGUCAACAUUACAUUGAUGGUGGUGUACGUAAACGUAAUUUGAUUAAAGCUUAUGGUAUCCAGUUUUUCAUAACAGUGUAUGGAACUGGUGGUAAAUUCAAUAUUUUAACAUUUUCAAUGAACUUUGGUUCUGGAUUAGCACUACUUGGUAUAGCUACUAUGUUAUGCGAUUUGAUUGUGUUGAAUAUUACAGAAAAAAGAGACAUUUAUCGUGAAGCAAAAAUUGAUUUAAUUGCUGAAAAAAUAAAUGUACACCAGUCUAGUGAAAAACUUAACAUUCAUGAUGAUUCUUAUCCAGUAGUUAAAGAAACCAAAAGUGAUCAGAAACGUCAUUUAAUUAUUCGACGUCAUCAUGAAUUUGUCAGAACACCUGAUUCCAUCCGUCGAUCUCCAUUUCCAUCGAUAAAGCAAUUCAUUAUUGAAAGAAGUCCACUAUCAUUUAAAAGAUCAAAUGUUACUCCUAUAAACUAUAACCCUGAAAUAAAAUCAAAACAAAAUCAUACUUUGUUAAUUCAAUCUAAUUUGUUUCCGAAAGCACCGGUAUCAAAGGAAAAUUUAAUUACAAUCAACUAUCAUGAACAAUGUAAACAAAAAGUAACUUCAAUUAUCAAUAAAACAGAUAACAAUUUCAAUAAUGCUUCAAUUUUAUCUAAUAAGUCCCAUUCAUCAAUUUCUAAUUUAUCUAAUAUAGCAACAUUUCAAAAGUCUGAUGUCUCAAUUAAUCCAUGUACUACUUUUAGUAAUCAUACUACUAAUAAACAACAAUAUUGGAAACUACAAAGACUUCUUCAGGAAUGAGAACUAAUUUUUUUUUUAAAGUAAAAGGUAUCCAAAGCAUUUUAGGUUUAAAUCUCAUUGGAAUCACAUUUAUGAUUAUAUCUGUUAAUGAAGUGAAUUGUUGAAUAUAAUUUGUCUUUAUCAUUACUAUUACUAUUAUGAUAGUUGUUCUGUUUCUCUAUGAAUCACAUCAACAAUGACCAUACUGAGUUUCAUAGUAAUUAAUGUUGGUACAUAAAAACAGGAUUAAUAUGGAAAUUUUUAAAAAAUACCGUAAGCUUCUUGUUUACUGUUUCAUCUUG